CCGCCUUCCUUUGGGCUAGCUCCAGCAUCUCUCGUUCUUACAAAAGUUACCUUGGACACGCAAAUCCACCAUUGCAAUGGAAACCUGGUCGAUUACAGGAGAUCCUGACUCUGAUAAUUCCGAUGGCUCUUUCAUUGAUGAUUCUUUCAUGAUACCGUCUCCACCUCUGUACAGGUCAAACACGCCCACAAUGCAAUCUGCUGCACCAGCAAGCCAAGAGCAGAGCCUCAAUGAUCGUCCUCAGCCCAUUUUUGUGAGGAAAAGCAGUCUAGUAUCUAGGGACCCUCCGGAAAUCUCUGAAUUUCGCACGCCACGUCGGCCCUGUCGGGUUCAUUGGGUGCGAGGAAGCGGACUGACAAAUGAUCAACCCUCUGUUGGACACUCUCGCUCUCCAUUAUGGUCUAUAGGUAUCACGACUGAUAGCCGUGGCCGUGAUAAUUCAGAGAAAGUUUUGGACGACGGCAGUGACGGAGAGGAAAGUAACACUGACGACACAGUUAGACCAACUAGACAACCUAGAAACCAUUGGUCAGCAUCAAAUAAACACCAGGAACGCGUUCAAAUGAAGCAGAAGCAGGCUCCUCUUGGAGAUUCGAUGAAGCAGGUCGACGGUACUACCUAUGACUGCUACCCUUGGUCAACGACAGGUUCAGCCCCUAGUGAUGAAGCAAUCCAGUCACAAUUUUACAGGACUGAUCAUGUAUCUGACCGUCAUCACCAACCCCGUGCCGAAAAGGAGACUGAAUACCAUCAUCAACCCGCUUUCACUCCGGGCUCGAAGUCUGAAGCACAUGUCUCGUCUAACGCAAGCAAUUCAGAAAAGCCUCCAGAACGCCGGAGGAGCUCUGGGCGACAGGCAAGUCUCGAGGAGCAAUUUGGUCAUCUCCGAAUGGUACCUGCACCAGCGAUGAGUCAAUUUCCCAUGACGACUUUCCCAGCGCCAAAUGCGUACUAUGACUUGCAUACUGGAGCGAUCUAUUUCAUGCCUUACCCACCAGGAGCAUUCGCACCCGCACCAGUGCCUGGUCGCCCAUCAAAAUCGACGCGUCGCAAAAGACAUUCAUCUCAGGGAGCAAAGUCCAGUUUGCCUACCGAAGAUCCUUCACGUUCCCAGAGUGAGACUAAUCAGCCGGAUGCCGCUUCUCCACGCAAGGGACGUCAUUCACGAAAUGUUACUGUAUACAGCACGGUGCGAGAAGAUCAGCAGACGAAGGUCCAAGUUAUUCAGGGCGGUCUUGCGAGAAUGGAAAUUGAAGAAUAG